GGCCCAUCCGUUUCCUCCGAGUAAAUAGAGGUUUGACUUAUCUAUAGUGCAAAUUUGGUACAUCCGGUCAAACAAGAUGUUUUACCAUGUAUCAUUAGAGCAUGAAAUUCUUCUCCAUCCACGAUAUUUUGGACCAAACUUGCUCAACAUAGUAAAACAGAAAUUAUUUACAGAAGUUGAGGGAACUUGCACUGGCAAAUAUGGUUUUGUGAUAGCAGUGACAACGAUUGAUAACAUAGGAGCAGGCACCAUACAACCAAGUCGAGGUUUUGUUGUGUACCCAGUCAAAUACAAAGCUAUUGUGUUCAGACCUUUUAAGGGCGAGGUUUUGGAUGCUGUAGUUACUCAAGUCAACAAGGUUGGAUUAUUCACAGAAAUUGGACCAUUAUCAUGUUUUGUAUCAAGACAUUCUAUUCCUGCCAAUAUGGAGUUUGAUCCAAAUUCCAACCCACCAUGUUACAAGAACAAAGAAGAGGAUGAAGUCAUUCAGCAAGAUGAUGAAAUUAGAUUGAAAAUAGUUGGAACAAGGGUUGAUGCUAAAGAUAUUUUUGCAAUUGGAACGUUGAUGGAUGAUUAUUUAGGUGCGUAUUAACGUAGUUUGAAACUUCACAAAGGAUU